GUAUCUUUGAAAGACUACGCUUACCUAUGCGAGUGGACAUGUACUCUCUUGUGGCUAUAUUUCAUCUUUGAAUGCCUUCAGCACGCCAUACCUAUGCAAGUGAAAACGCGAAGACUCUUCAAUUCACGUUACGAUUCGCGUAGCAUUUUCAAAAUCCAACUUGAUGACACCACAGGAUUUUGGAGCUAUUGUUGUCUAUGCCUGCUAAAUAGUUUAGCUAUGGAAAACUCUCCCGAAGACUACAGGAUCCAGUCAUUUGACCUGCAAACUCAAAUGUUGCUCAAAACAGCCUUGAAAGAUCCAGGCUCAGUGAAUCUGGAGAAGGUGUCCAACAUCAUUGUGGAUCAGUCACUGAAGGACCAGGUGUUCAGCAAGGAGGCAGGACGCAUCUGCUACACUAUUGCGCAGGCGGAGGCCAAGCAGAACAACGGCAGCGUGUUCAGGAGGAACUUGCUGAACAGGCUCCAACAGGAGUUCAAGGAACGAGAGGGGACUCGAGCUCGUUCCCUGCAGGAGUGGGUCUGCUUCGUCACCUUCAUCUGUAACAUCUAUGACUACCUCAAAGUGAACAACAUGCCCAUGGUGGCGCUGGUCCAUCCUGUGUACGACUGUCUGAUGAGGCUGGCGCAACCCGAUGCUCUGAUGAAUGAGGAGGAGGUGGACUGUCUGGUGCUGCAGCUCCACCGCAUCGGGGAGCAGUUGGAGAAGUCCAGCAGCCAGCGCAUGGACGAGCUUUUCUACCUGCUGCGCGAUGGCUUCCUGCUCCAGGAGGGUCUCACCUCCAUGGCCCGCCUGCUGCUGCUGGAGAUCCUGGAAUUCAGGGCGGGGGGCUGGGUGCUCAGCGGCACGGCGCACAGAUAUUAUUAUAGCGAAAUUGCAGACUGAAUGUGGCAAAGGGGGUGUGGAGUUUUUUUGGGGGUGGGGGGGGGAGAUACACCAGCAAUUUUCGUGAUGGACAUCAAAAAUGUGCAAUUGAUCCUGAGAGUGAAAUACCUGAGGUUCGGUCACACCGCCUCCUUGGUUCUUAUUUUUAUUUAUUUAUUGUAGUUUUAUAUAUUUUGAAGGAACUCCUUUUCAUGAGAAAACAUUUCAAAGUUAAAGUUGGGAUAUUCCUGAUCAGACCGAAGUUGAUCUGACCCAUUUUCUGAUGUGUGACAAAUGGUGAAGAAAAUAGAAAUAUCUGUUGCAGUUUUGAGAGCUAGUUUGUCAUUAAAAAGAUGCAUUGCAGUUCUGCCAGUUGGUAAAUAAGGAGUGUGUAUAGCUGUUAUGGUUUUAUUCAAGGGAAGAUUAAUAUGUGUAUACUGUUAUUGUAUUUUGUAUUUGUUCCAAUAAAAUCUUGGAUUACAAAAAA